UAAGCUGAAGGCACCAUGCAAGUCCUUCUCCUCCUUGCAGCUGUAGGGCUUUGCUGGGCACAGUAUAACCCCAACACUCAGACUGGGAGGACGUCUAUCGUGCAUCUCUUUGAAUGGCGCUGGGAUGAUAUUGCUCUGGAGUGCGAACGCUAUUUAGCUCCUUAUGGAUUUGGAGGAGUUCAGGUUUCUCCUCCAAAUGAAAACAUUGUCAUUACUAAUCCGAACCGGCCCUGGUGGGAAAGGUACCAGCCCAUCAGCUACAAGAUCUGCAGCCGAUCAGGCACUGAAGAUGAAUUCAGAGACAUGGUGACCAGGUGCAACAACGUUGGAGUUCGCAUUUAUGUGGAUGCUGUUGUCAAUCACAUGUGCGGAUCUAUGGGUGGCACAGGCACCCACUCAACGUGCGGGAGCUAUUUCAACACCGGGACUAGAGAUUUUCCCGCGGUGCCGUACUCUGCCUGGGAUUUCAACGACGGCAAAUGUCGGACCGCCAGUGGAGACAUCGAAAAUUAUGGGGACAUCUACCAGGUCCGGGAUUGUAAGUUGACCAGCCUUCUUGAUCUGGCUCUGGAGAAGGACUAUGUACGCUCAACAAUUGCACAGUACAUGAAUCGCCUCAUUGAUAUGGGUGUAGCAGGGUUCCGGAUCGAUGCUGCCAAGCAUAUGUGGCCUGGGGACAUAAGUGCGUUUCUGGCCAAAUUGCACAAUCUAAACACUCGGUGGUUUUCAGAAGGAACAAAACCCUUUAUUUUCCAAGAGGUAAUUGACUUGGGAGGAGAGCCAAUCACAGGCAGUCAGUACUUUGGAAAUGGCCGAGUAACAGAGUUCAAGUAUGGUGCAAAACUGGGGACGGUGAUCCGCAAGUGGAAUGGAGAGAAGAUGGCCUACUUAAAGAACUGGGGAGAAGGCUGGGGCUUUGUGCCUUCUGACAGAGCCCUGGUCUUUGUGGAUAACCACGACAACCAGCGGGGGCACGGGGCAGGCGGAGCUUCCAUUCUUACCUUCUGGGAUUCCAGGCUUUAUAAAAUGGCAGUUGGUUUCAUGCUCGCUCAUCCGUACGGGUUCACGCGGGUGAUGUCAAGUUAUCGUUGGCCAAGAUAUUUUGAGAACGGACAGGAUGUCAACGACUGGGUUGGACCACCGAGUAACUCGGAUGGAUCGACGAAGUCCGUGACAAUCAAUGCCGACACAACCUGCGGCAACGACUGGGUCUGUGAACAUCGCUGGCGACAAAUAAGGAACAUGGUUGUCUUCCGUAACGUGGUAGACGGUCAGCCUUUCUCAAACUGGUGGGACAACAAUAGCAAUCAAGUAGCUUUUGGUCGUGGCAACAGAGGCUUCAUUGUCUUUAAUAAUGACGACUGAAAGUAAAAAACAUGAAAGGCACAGCGCUGUUCACUUACAAGUACUACGACAGCAGAGCCUCGAUGACAUUUGCUAUGUUGGAGGAGGUGUACCAGAUUUCCCCCUUCGGCAAGCCCGAUGGCAUAGCAGCCGUGGAAUCCAGGUGAGAGCAGUGAUUGUCAGUAGUGCAGCAAGCAAGGGUGAAAGUUCUCGCCUGUCUGGCGACACUUCCAGACAAUGCAGAGCAGUGCACAAACUCGAGAUUGAUCCGCAUUGCGACAGCACAGCUGCAGUGCCGGAAGCCCUCAUCCCACAGCUCCAGCUGUACGUGCCCAGCUCUCACGUGGUUUGCCAAAUGGAGCAGCUCUACUUUAACUGUAGCUGAAUGAAUCACUAGGAUUUGAUUUAAAUUUUGAAAAUAGGAACACAGGAGACGAUCCAAAGUAAUUUCUCUUCUCAGAUACAAACGUUUCACUGCAUAGCAGCGCUAAUAAAUGGAAACGUUAACAACUAUGACUUCAUUGUUUUGCAGACAAAUGACAGUUUUCGGUCACAACAACCCCAGGCAAACCUGCAGGCUUGUGGAGGAGUGGCUGGAAAGCUGUCAUACAGAAAGGACCUCAGUGCACCGACAGACAGUCGGCUGAAUAUGAGCCAGCAAUGUGCUCAGGUGGCCAGGAAGGCCACUGGCAUGCUGGCUUGUAUGGGGAACAGUGCGGUGAGCAGGACUAGAGAAAUCAUCCUGCCCCUGUAGUCGGUGAGGCCUCAUCUCGAGUACUGUGUUCAGCUUGGGGCACCUCAGCGCAGAAAGGAUGUGGAGGUGCCGGAGCAGGUCCGAAGAAGAGCAGCAAGGCUCGCAAAGGGCUUGGAGAAUGUGCCCUGCGAGGAGCGACUGAAGGAACUGGUGCUGUUUAAUCUGGGGGAAGGGAGGCCAGAGGAGAGACCUUAUCGCUCUCUCUAAAGCCUGGAAAGUGCUUACGGCGAGAGCAGGGUUGGUCUCUUCUCACCGGUGAAAGGUGACAGGACAAGGGGAAACGGCCUCAAGUUGCGCCAGGGGAAGCUUAGAUUGGAUAUGGGGAAAAACUUCUUUACAGAAAGGGCUGUGAAGUACUGCAAUAGGCUCCCCAGGGAGGCAGUUGAGACACCAUGCCCAGAUGUGUUUAAGAACCAUUUGGACGCGAUGCUCAGGGACAUGAUUUAGCAGAGGGUUGUGAGGGUAGUCUGGUUAGGUUGUGGUUGGACUCGAUGAUCUUCCAGGUUUCUUCCAAAUUGAACAAUUAUACAAAUCUACGAUUCAGUGACUUUUCUGACCUAUCCCCAAAUUCAGAAUGCACCAAUGCUGUGAGUACUCGUUUACCUGGGAUAUGGUAGCUUGGUAAAUAAACACUGUGCUCAGCCUUCAUUUUGUCAUAAUGAAAUUCUUCAGGUAGGUGAUGCUCGUCUCUUAUUAUUUCCUUAGGAGUGACUAAAGUUUUAAAAAGUGUCUAAUUUGCUUCUCGUAACGCUGACAGUUUGGCAGCGAGGUGUUUAUGUGCCUCACUUGUAGCUGUGAUUUUUUUCUGGCAUUAAAAUCUGAGCAGCUUUACUCAGGGUUUUGCACCAGAGAUCAUUUUGCUUGCUGUGACAGUGUGUUUCUUAUUAUGCAAUUGUUACAGGAUCGCUGCCUGAUGCGAUUAAAAACAGCCUGCUCUGAUCUCGGCCACUCUGCGACCUUGCUGCCAAAGCUCCCGGCAGAAGCCAUGUUAAAGACGUGGCCUUGCCUUAUAGGCAACGCAGGAGAGCCAGCCAGCAUCAAACGCAUCCCAAAGUUUUUGCCAACGUUUUCACUUACUGUUGCAACAUUAUCGAGCAGAAUUCACGCUGAUGCUGUGCUGGCCUUGAGGAAAAUAAUAGCCAAAAAAGACCCUGUGAAGGUAACCAUCAUUAUUGUGUCUGAGAUUGCGAUUGACAGUGCGAUUCGGGCUGCCUUAGCGAUGUGGGAAUAAUAAAGGCAUCGGGUGACGGUAGCAACUCCGGGCAGAUUUUGUAGUAACCAGUUUUCCUCUUUCCCACGUUGCAAAUCCCUGGCAUUACCCCAUCCAUGUUGACAUUCUGGGAAGGGGGUUGCAUCAGUCACCGUCACACUGCGACUGUUGCUAACAGGUCUUUCUUCCAGCCCUGUUCAUUACGCAUCCAGCAAUUUUUUUCAUUUUCAGCGACGGGCUCUGUGCUCAAUGCUUUUUUUGGGGUUUUGUUCACCAUUCACUGCAGAUCAGACAUGCACAGCUUAGGAAACACUUCUACCUGAGGAAUUUUGAGGUAUUCACAAGUUGUACCUUCCUUCUCAAGGUAAGGGAGAUCACUCUCCAAGUUUGUAUGGACAGCGCACUCGCUCCUUACAUGCACGUGACCACUUGCAUUGUUCUCUUUGAAACAAAGCCUUCUCUUCCUAUCAUGGCAGCCAGGGCCAGCUCACUGCUGAUGCAGACCACCUAAUGAGCAGCUAGUUUCACGCAUACACACACAAGAAGGCUUUGGCAGUAGGCAGGAUCCCACAGCUCUACAAUCUACAAGUAGAAGAGAUAGAAUUUGUAGCUGCAGACGGUGUGACACAUUUUGCUGUGUUUUCUAAGAAUUUGGUCACAGUUUACUAUCUUCAUAUGGUUUUAACUCUUUACCAUUCAGAUUUGCUGCUUGCGACAUUUCCAUUAAACUUCUGAGUCCCAGACUUGAGGGGUCGAGGGCUGAUCACGGUCUCUUUCGGAGACCCUUGGGAGCUAGUUCUGGAGGACGCGGGUCCCAGGAAGGCUGGGAAUACUGUAACGGAGAAAUUUUAAAGGUGCAGGAGCUGACCAUCCCGAACUCACAGAAGAUGAACCGAUAGGGAAGAAGACCGGUCUGGCUGAGCAGAGGCCUUCGUCCGGAACUCUGGAAAAAAGGAAAGUUUGCAGUCUUUAGAAAAGGAGGUGAGCAACUUAUGAGGAUUACAAAUAUGCAGUGAAGCUGUGCGGGGAGAAAAUCAGAAAGACGUAAACGACUUAUGGGCCGGCUUCACCCAUUUCUGUGACCGGACAGAGCAUGGGCAAGCACAGACUCACGCCCCAGGGAAGGGGGAAUGGGAAAAGGGGAAAAAAAAAGAGGUAAGGAGACGGGCCUAAGAACAGAACAGUGACGACAAUCUGAGUCUUAUAUAUUCGCUGUCAGGAAUGUAUGAAAUUUUUCUUCUUUAUAUUGAAAGAAGUAAUGAAUAAGUAACCACCGCUCAUAAAAACAUGAUUGCAUCACGGAAGGCCUGAGCAGCCAGUCCCCUCGUAUUCACCGCACCUUUCGGCUGCUUUAAUUGCACGGUAAUUUGUAGACACCUAGCAGUUUAAGAGGAGCCCGCCAGCAACAUCAUCGAGCCUCUCGGUCAGAUUCCGCAGCUCAGGAUCUCCACCCUUCAAAAGGACACGACCCUUCACAGACAGUAGGUUCCAAAAGUGAGAGAUGCUGUAUGUAAAUAAUUGAUGUGUAAGCCACCUAGUUGUGUGAGACAGGAACCGAUUGGUGCCAUUUAGAAAUACAGAUGAACUAGACAGCUUUUGGAGAAAAGCAGUAGGAAGACGUUCUCGCUAGCUGUUCUCAAAACCAGUUUUAUGAGGAAAGCUCUUUGUAAUCAUUUUUCUUUCUCUCGUCAAGCUGGAAAUGUUGGGAGAAAGAGCUUGUUGUAAUCAUUUAGAACCAUGGCCUACAAUUGCUCGUGAAACACACUAUUUGCAAUUUAGGCCAUCCUCUGGGAAACCAUCUAGUGCGUAGGAUGUGCAGUACAAACAUUCACAGUUACACAAUUAUAAAAAAUAGAAUUGAGCACAGGCCAACUGUCAGAAUUUUAAAUGAGGAAUGAAACUGCUAUCUGAGGUGAACGUUAUCGCUGAAGUCUUGUAGUGCCUGUGUCCACGAUUAGAAAUAAUUAAAAUCUUAGAGAAAGUCAUCCUACUGAUUUAUAGGACAUGGGAACGUAACCCAGAGCAACGCCGCACGGAACUGUUUGCAAAGCUCCGCUUCCGAUUUCAAUGCUAUGCAAUUUUCUGGCGUGUAUCAGCAGCCCAUUUGGCCACCGGUCACAUUGCCACUGCCAUAUUUCCACUGCCAUCUUUAGUCACAUGCUUUCUGAGAUGAAAU